UCAGCCUCAGUGAGGAGCAGAAACGGUCCAGAAACCGACAGAAACCGACAGAAAACGGUGUUUUUAACGCGUUUUAACCCGACAGAGCGACUCUAAUGAGCAGAUAAAGAUCCGCACUGAGCAGCAGACAUGAUUCUAGCUUCAUGUUUGUGUUUUUUGUCGGUAUUUUUGUGUGUCGGAGCCGUUAAAAGCGGAGCUGCAGAUGAUGACUGGGUUCACCUGCCCAACAGGUGUGAAGUGUGUAAGUUCGUCAGCAUCGAGAUGAAGUCGGCGUUCGACGAGACGGGAAAGACCAAAGAGGUGAUUGACAGGAACUACCGCUUCAUCGACGGGAAGGGAGCCCCGCCCAUCAAAUACGUCAAGUCAGACCUGAGGUUCAUCGAGGUGGUAGAGAAUGUGUGUCAGAGGCUUCUGGAGUACAACCUGCACAAGGAGAGGACAGGAAGUAACCGCUUCGCUAAGGGCAUGUCUGAGACCUUCUCCACCCUCCACGGUCUGGUGAAUAAAGGCGUGAACGUUGUCAUGGAUAUUCCCUUCGAGCUCUGGAACGAAACUUCAGCUGAAGUGGCCGAUCUUAAAAAACAGUGUGACGUCCUGAUUGAGACGUAUGAGGACGUGAUUGAGGACUGGUAUAAAGGAGACCAGGAGGAAGACCUGACCACCUUCCUCUGUGAGAAACAUGUUCUCAAGGGACAGGACAGAGCCUGUCUGGACGAGGAGUGGAGCCCCAUGAAGAAGGGAGACCCGGCGGCCAUCGCAGAGGACAAGAAGAAGAAAAAGAAGAAGAAGAAGGGAGGGAAGAAGACGGAGGGAGGGGACGGCAGCUCGGACGGAGAGAAGACCGCCAAGAAGAAGAAGGAGAAAAAGGUGAAGAAGAAGAAAAAGAGCAAAUCUCCGGUGGAGAAGACGGACGGAGGAGCGACCUCGGAGGACGACGUCCAGCCGCAGACGCCUCUGACCGCGACCAAGACCGAGCUGUGACCCGGCUACAGGUCCGGGUCCAGGUCACAUCUGACCCAGACCGGGAGCCGGGUCACAUCCGACCCGGACCGGGAGCCGGGUCACACCUGACCCGGUCCAGGAGCUGGGUCACAUCUGACCGUUUAGUAAAGCAGCUUGUGUAAAGUCUGGGUCCACUCUGAGGUUUCAGGUCUCUGAGCUGUUAAACACGGUUUUAAAGUCUUUAUUCCAGUUUGUGCAAAUUUACUAGAUGAAAGUGGCAAAUCUACAAGAAAAAAGUCGCAGAUUUAUGAGACAAAAGUGGGGAAAAAAAUAACUUUUUUCUCACAGAUUCACCACUUUAAAUCUCAUCAAUCUGAACAUUUUUUCUCGUAGAUUUGACACCUUAAUCUGGUAAACUUUUUUUUCGGAAAUAUUCCCCCCCUCCCCCGGGUCCGUAUGUUUUUGUUACACAUUCUGGCUGUAUGUAAUAUCCUCCAAUAUUCUCUAGGGUUGAAAUCUGAAAUUUGCAAGUAUUUCAAUUAGUGCCCUAUUAACGGUUAAUGGGGUUUUUAAAAUUCAGGUUGAGAUAAAAUCUUCCUUUUAAUCGACUCAAAAAUAAACGGAAGCAGUCGUGCAGAAACUUUUCAUCAAUCAUUGGAUCAACAAAAUUGACAUAAAAAAAUUGGACAACAGAUUAAUUAUUUCAGACAUUUGUUACGUCUGUGUUUUUCUGGUUUAUGUGAUUAUAAUUAGAAUAUCUGACAAAAAAAAGAACUAAAGACAUUAUUAAAUUAUCAGUUUAAUUUAAAAAAUCUAUCUUUAACUUGCAUAAUUAGUUUAAAUCCUGCAAAACAAGAAGUGAAAUGUUCUGCCAGACGUUGUUACACCACCAGAGUAUUAGAGCUGCAGGUCUACGAGGGAAUUAUUCACUUUUCUUUCUUUCUUCUGUUGCUGAAUGUAAAUGUAGAUUUGCAGCUCACGCUGUUUCUCCUCAUAAUGUGAAUAAUUUGUAUGUUUCUGCUGUUUUUAAAUCUCUUGUAUUUGCUGAUAUUCCAUCUGAAAACUGAAGCUGUUCAAGAAUGAAUUUUGAGUUAAUUUAUUUGUUUUAAACGCUCAGAUUGAAGUCGACUGUCUGUAAAUCACAGAUCUGCUUCUCCU